AUGUCCUGCCUGGGGGCUUUCAACGGUCUCUUCUCCUGCAUGGUCCUCCUCAUUGUCCACUCAAGUGAUGGCUCUGAGAUUAUCAAUGGGAAAAAAGUGAAGCCCAACUCGCUGCCGUACAUGGCUCUGCUUGAGAUACCAGCAAAAUUCUGUGGAGGGAUACUGAUCGAUAAAUCAUGGGUCCUGACUGCUGCCCACUGUAAAGAAAUGGAGACAGUGUUGCUGGGGGUGCACUCCAUCAAGGCCAAAAAAGACAAGUCCAGGCAGGUCAUAAAGGUUAAGAAGCGUUUUCAACAUCCCGGCUAUAAUUCAGCUACAAAAGUCAAUGACCUCAUGUUGCUCAAGCUUGACGAAUCUGUGAAGGAAACCAAGACGGUGAAGUGUCUUAAGUUGGGUGAUGCCAUCGAAGAACCAGCAGCUGGGACCAGCUGCAUGGUGGCAGGAUGGGGCCAAACAAAUAACAGAGUUAACAAAAUGUCCGACAUCUUGAUGUCCGUCAAUGUGACUGUGGUCGACAGAGUGAAGUGCAACUCUGCUGAAUAUUACAACAGGAAACCCGACAUCACCAGCAGCAUGAUAUGUGCCGGUUCAGACUGGAAAAAUCAAGCUGACACUUGUGGGGGGGAUUCAGGAGGCCCACUGGUGUGCAGCAGAGGGCUAGUUGGAGUCACUUCUUUCGGGUACAAGUGUGGCCUGAUUAAAAAGCCAGGAGUGUACAUGUAUCUCACAGUGAAACAACUAUGCUGGAUCAAAAAGACAAUGAAGAAGUCUGACAUUAAUGAGCACCCGCUCAUUAAGACCGUGUUGCUGGGGGUGCACUCCAUCAAGGCAAAUGAAGAGAAUUCCAGGCAGCUUGGCAAAUCUGUGAAGGAAACCAAGACGGUGAAGUGUCUUAAGUUGGGUGAUGCCAUCAAAGAACCAGCAGCUGGGACCAGCUGCAUGGUGGCAGGAUGGGGCCAAACAAACAACAGUGUUAAGAAAAUGUCCGACGUCUUGAUGUCCGUCAAUGUGACUGUGGUCGACAGAGUGAAGUGCAACUCUGCUGAAUAUUACAACUGCACACCUGUGAUCACCAGUGGCAUGAUAUGUGCCGGUUCAGACGUGAAAAGGACUGCUGACACUUGUCGGGGGGAUUCAGGAGGCCCACUGGUGUGCAACGGAUGGCUGGUUGGAGUCACUUGUUAUGGACCCAAGGUCUGUGAAGACAUGUCAUGCCUGGGGGCUUUCACCGGUCUCUUCUCCUGCAUGGUCCUCCUCAUUGUCCACUCAAGUGAUGGCUCUGAGAUUAUCGAUGGGAAAGAAGUGAAGCCCCACUCGCUGCCGUACAUGGCUCUUCUUAAGACAACAAAACCAGAGUGUGGAGGGAUACUGAUCGAUGAAUCAUGGGUCCUGACUGCUGCCCACUGUAAAAAAAUUAAGACCGUGUUGCUGGGGGUGCACUCCAUCAAGGCCAAAAAAGACAAGUCCAGGCAGGUCAUAAAGGUUAAGAAGCGCAUUCCACAUAACGACUAUAAUUCAGCUACAAAGGUCAAUGACCUCAUGUUGCUCAAGCUUGGUAAAUCUGUGAAGGAAACCAAGACGGUGAAGUAUCUUAAGUUGGGUGAUGCCAUCGAAGAUCCAGCAGCUGGGACCAGCUGCAUGGUGGCAGGAUGGGGCCAUACAAACAACAGUGUUAAGAAAAUGUCCAAUGUCUUGAUGUCCGUCAAUGUGACUGUGGUCGACAGAGUGAAAUGCAACUCUGCUGAAUAUUACAACAGACAUCCCGUCAUCACCAGUGGCAUGAUAUGUGCCGGUUCAGACGGGAAAAAUGAAGCUGACACCUGUCAGGGGGAUUCAGGAGGCCCACUGGUGUGCAGCGGAGGGCUGGUUGGAGUCACUUCUUUCGGGUACGAGUGUGGCCGGAAAGACAAGCCAGGAGUGUACUCGUAUCUCACAGUGAAACAACUCAGCUGGAUCAAAAAGACAAUGAAGAAGUCUGACAUUUAAUGAGCACCCGCUGUGAAGGAUUUUGGAUUUGCGACCAUGUUAAUCAAUUCUAUGUGAGGUGAAACGAGAGAGAUUUCUGCUUCUGCUACAAUAAAACAGACCGAGGUGAUUUUAUUUUGAAAUCUAAACCGGAGAGACAAGUGUUUAUCAUGACAGCAAAUCGCCAAAGGGACAUUAUUGAGUCCUUCAACCAGACUGAUGCCAACCAGACAGAUUCACCACUUCCUGCAUCAAGAGCCUACUUUGAAUCUAAGGUUUCAGCUCAAGUGUCGUGGAAAAAAAGUGUUGCAGUAAAGAUAAAUUCUGGGCCAUGAUGUUUUAUCUAUUCCAGUGAUUCUCAACUGGUGGGUCGCGGCCCAAAAAAAUUUAAAGAAAUAAAUCCUGUGCUUUUACUUUGAAGGUUGUUAUUUUGCAGAGUCCCUAAGAUGCACUUUUUGUUUUUUAAUCAAAAUGCAGCUAAUUGAGUGUAAAAGGGAUAUUUCCCUCCCUUGCAUCGCCACCUGCUGGUUGUUUUGGAUUAACAUUAAACUUGUUUUAUUGUGUUGCAUACUGUGAUAUUCUGUUCUAUCUCAGGUUCAAACUGCACCAUCUUUUGUUUAAAUAAAUUUGAGAAGUGGAACAUUUUC